UCAAUCAGUCAAUUAAACUUUAUUUUUAAAGCACUUUUCAUACAUGGAAUGUAUUCUCCAUUCGUGCAGGAUAUUAAAAAAAACUGAAAUAAAAUAAAUAAAAAUUCAAAUACCAAACCCCAACCCCCAUUCAACACAUACAGCACUCACACACACACAGAUGCAUACACAAAAAAACAGGACUCAUCAACUUGCCACAGAUGACUGAGGAGACGCUAUCUUGAGUUGAAAGAUGAGGAAAACACUGGAUCUAGGACUAAAACAAUAAACCAUGAUCAAAUAUGAUAAAGAUGAUAAAGCAUUAAAAGUUAAUUAAAUAAAAGUCUUAAACAAUAAAAGAGAGUACAUUUAAAAAAGAGGUUACUCUAGGACUUAAAUAGCAUAAAAUCACAUAAUGCAGAUUAAAACAAAAUUCAGCUUAAAGCCAGACUAAAAAGGUAGGUCUUUAUUUUACUUUUAAAGAUAUGAACAUUAGGUGUUGCUCUCAGGUCUGCAGGUAGGCUGUUCCACAGAUGGGGACAGUAUUAUUGGAACGAUGGUUCACCAUGUUUUUACUUUGGGGACGAUAAAAAAGACCACUACCUAAUGACCUGAGGGCUCAAAUCAGACAAACAAGAAGGACCGAGACCAUUAAGAGCUUUAAAAACUAAUAAAAGAACCUUAAAAUCUACUCUGAAAGACACAGGUAACCAAUGCAGAGAUUUUAAAAGAAAGAAACUUGUAUGUCCAUUAGUAAGGUAUAGAAGUUGAUAAACACUACUCUACACAUAAUUGAUUCAUAAAAAGGUCAUGUCUUGACAUGCUUUUCAAGGCACUCGCAGUAUAUUAUUUCCAAAAACUUUUAUGUUACAAUAUUGAAUUAAAUAACAGAAAAUCUGGGACUUUUCAUUUGUAAUGUUAUGGUUAUUUGAUUUAAUACAACUGGGCAAACAAUGCAAGGUCAAAAAUUAAAAUGUUGCUGCAAUGCUAAGAAAAAAAAGCUUUUUGUAUCACGAGGAUUGAAUCAAUUAAACUUCUGUUGAACAAUUACGACAUUAAGGACUCCAAGUUAACUAUAACCAGAGGAAAAGUUCAUGUUGGGGGACUAAAAGAAGUUUUGAAAAACUUUGAAAAGUAAGUAUUAAAAGCUCUUGAGAGAUGAAAACCGCAAAUUAAGAAUUAUUUGCUCGAAAUAACUCAAAAUAAAUGAGAAAAUACUUUUUUAAAAGAUAAGGCACUCACAGUAUAGUAUUUCCAAAAACUUUUAUGUUACAAUAUUGAAUUAAAUAACAGAAAAUCUUUUCAUUUGUAAAUGUUACGGUUAUUUGAUUCAAUACAACUGGGCAAACAAUGUAAGGUCAAAAAUAAAAAUGUUACUGCAGUGCUAAUAAAAAAGGCUUUUUGUAUCACGAGGAUUGAAUCAAUUAAACACGAAUAAAGUAACUUCUGUUGAACAAUUACAACAUUUAGGACUCUAAGUUAACUAUAACCAGAGGAAAAGUUCAUGUUGGGGGACUAAAAGAAGUUUUAAAAAGUACGUUUAAAAGUGCUUGAUAGAUAAAAACCGCAAAUUAAAGAAAUAUUUACUUGAAAUCACUCAAAUUAAACGGGAAAAUGCUCUUUAAUGCUUAAAAAUCUGUGAAUCUAACAACUACAUUCCAUCUCUCUUCUCACUGAACAACAAACAGGAAACCUACGCACUAUAAAAAAUGAUUGACGUAACGUCUGCCCAAUCGCCUCUAUCAAACCCCGCCAUCAGCCAAUCGCCUUAGAGAAGAAGGGCGGGACGUCCUGUAAUGUGAUGCAAAUUCGACGGUCAAGCAUGUUAGUCCCACCUUUUUGUGUUUCCCGCACCGUCAAUCAAAAUAGAAAAAAAAAUCGACCCGAAUUCACCGAUCAACACUAGCCCGCCUUUGAUAAAAUAAUCAUGUUUGGAGUUUAGUUUAACAGAUAAUCCUCCCGGUUACUACCGCUCACACUAUGACCGGUGCGUAAGCGUUUAGCGCAUCGAGCGUGCGACUAAUCGGUGAGUUUGUUCGACCGACAGCGAAGCGAGCUGCGCCUUUUUUUAUCUUUUGCUCCGCUGCUAACUAGCUAGAGAUGGUGAGCUAACUGAGCUAGCCGAGCUUGGCCGCGGAGUUGACAAAGUAAACAGUGAAUCUGGGCCGAAAUUGCCGCACAAUCUCCGCCGCAAAGUUGAGUUUCGCAGUCAGCUCCUUUCGGACUGGAGAGUGGGGAUGCUUUGCGGGCUUUUCUGGCAGGGCAGAAGUUGAAGAUUACAGAGUUUUUGCUCAGUUUCCCCCCUCUCUCCCUCUCUCUCUCUCCCUCUGCUAGCGCCACAGCAGCAGCAGCCCUCUGGAACAAGGAGAAAUGGCGUCCGCGGACGUGGACAGCAGUCAAAGCGAGUUUCUGCAACCCGGCGGCGGCGCAGCGGAAACACAGGUAUCCGACAUUUUCUCGCUCGUCUUUCGAUUUGCUCGAUGUGUUUUUUUGAGAGCAUGAAGUUCACACGUUUUAAAAUUUUGAUGGCAUGGGGUGAAAGCCGUACACUUCCUGUGUUCCCCCUCAAUAACGGCCACCCACUUUACCCCUGUAAAACCCGCCCAUAGUGGGUAGGACACUGAAGUCAGUCACUUGGGUCGGCUCGCUGGAAGAUAGCCGGUGAUCACUGGGCUGGGAGGAUACCAGAGUGGGAUAACAUUGCAGGGAUAUUGUCUAUAUUCUCAACAGGAGCGUUCAAUUGUGUUGUAAAAGUCACCCAUCCCCCACACAGCCUGCCUCGACCAUUUCUGAGCCUGUUAUCUGAACUCUCUCUCUCUCUGUGUGUGUUGGUGGUUGCCUCUGGCUUGUAUCUUUUGCCUCACCCUAAAUCUUCCAUGAUGAUCCCCCCUCUAAUGACUUUCAUGUAGAUUCACAGACUGACUGAAUGAGAUGUAUUGAUUGUCUUUUCAAUGUAAUCUUUCAGACGACAGAUAUGUCAGCCAUUCAGCUGACGGGUUCAGACCGAUGGGAGGUGUUAACUCCUGUCUCAACCGGGAAGGAAGACCAGGGAGUAGUACACAUUCAAAACUCUGGGAUCGUCACGUCAAACGGGCAGUAUGUGCUUCCGAUCGGGGGUCUUCCAAACCAGCCCAUCUAUGUUACAGCAUCUGGGAGUGAGGCUGCGGCCAACGGCGUGUCGGGGAUUCAGUAUCAGGUAGAAAUCAACGUGAGCACUUUGUUGUCGCCACAACGGGGGUUUCGCUCUUCCUGAAAUCAGAUUUCUCUUCCAGGUUAUCCCCCAAAUCCAAAAUGCAGAUGUGACUCUAGCGGGAUUCUCCACACAGGGGUUGGAUGACGGCACAGGGCAGAUCCAGCUCCUACAAGAUGCCAGCCAAGGCAGCAUUGGAAUCAGCUGCGCCACAACAGCGACCACGGACCUCCUAACGCAAGCGGGGCAUGUUCAGUCGAUUCAAGGUGUCCCGCUGGGUGGGGGGUCAGCGUACACUGGCACGGUACCCGUAGGGCUGCCGGGCAACAUCACAUUUGUCCCUAUAAACAGUUUGGACCUGGAGUCUUUAGGACUGACCGGAGCGCAGACGGUUCCCAUUGCAACCGGCGUAACAGCUGAAGGUCAGCUGAUCAUGAGUGGGCAGACGUUGGAGAGUCAGGGUCAAGACGCUGGCGCCAAACAGCCGCUGGUGACUGUGAGCGACACCAGCGGAAACCCCGGACUCUAUGUGCCAACCACCACCACCACUUCCUCCUCCAACUCCUCCAAUCUUCCCGAGACCAUCGACGGCACAGGGGUUCUGACCCAAGCUACAGCUGUGUCUGCUGGCGUGUCCGACCCCUCGUCCUCGUCGAACUACAACUCCCACAACCACCUGCAGCAAAUACAGGUCAGCGUGUGUUCUUAACAGCAGGCGGAGUCAGUCCUCUGUCUUAAAUUUACAACCGUAGCCAGUCGUCAUGAUGAGAUACUGUUUGAAGACUUUGGUUUGAGCACUUUUUUUAAUCGUGUGUUUGCGUCAGCGGUGGACAGACUAAGAGUUUUCACCUCAUGUUUGAGCAGAUUGUAGAACGAUGUCUGCAGACACUGCAGGCAGUUAAGAGUGGCUGCUGUUGAGCUAUGUUGACGUUCCUCUCAUAGAAAACAUGUUCAGUAGGUUCAGUGUUGGUUUGGACAGAAACAUCAGUCAAGUCCUGAAAUCUGAAGCAAAGCCUUAAGUGUUUUUCUGUUUUAUGAGCUCAUUAAAAAUCCAUCUCAAACACGAGCAGCUGAAACAAACAUGUAUAUUAGAUUGUUUUGUUUGUGGAAGAAUAGAUGAUGUUGUGAAAAUUUGUGAUCUCAAGUUUCUACUUUGUUGUUUUAUCUGUUUGUCCACUGCACUGUUAAAACUGAACAUCCUUCUCAAAGCAUGACUUCAGUACCUUCAUGUUUAUGAUAUAAUCCUGAUUUCUUUAACUUCUUGUACUCUGCAGGUCUCGACCUCUAAUGCCACCACUAUCUCACAGCCCAUCCUGCAGCUGUCUGGGGACACUCAGGCUCAGGUAGCUCAGGGUCAGGACCUGAACGCAGCAGGAGGUCAGACUCUGCAAAGUGUGCAGCUGGUCAACCCUGGGACCUUCCUAAUCCAGGCCCAAACUGUCACUGCGACGGGACAGAUCCAGUGGCAGACCUUCCAGGUAACUUAUCGCAGGGUCUCCGCGGUAACGAUGAAGUGAGGUUUGGAGGCUGGUUAGAGGCAACAAAGAAACGCGUGUUUUAUGCUGUAAGACUCGCAUGUUUGGGAUCACAAGAGAUUAAAGCCGUUGAACGCAGCAUGAAAUCUGGAGGACUGGAAAUGUAUGCAGCACUUUGGUUUCUCUUUGAAAGAGUCAUGUGAUCCGUUUCUAACAGCAAAGUCACAUUCCUGCGCCCAUUUUUUGGUUUUGCAUCAGCUGUUUGGCGUGAGAGGAUUAUGAUUUGAUUGUAUUUUUUCUAAGAUUCGAUAUUUAUCUCAGAUCACAAACAUGCAUCCUCUCUUUCUGCAGGUUCAGGGUGUUCAGUCACUCCAGGGGCUCCAGCUGCCUCAGGGCCAGGGUCAAGCACAGCAGCUAACCUUAGCCCCCGUGCAGACCCUCCCUCUGGGCCAGACGGGACAAGUCAGUCUGCCCAACCUCCAGACGGUCACGGUGAACUCUGUAACACACGGCGGGGUGCAGUUCACGCAGGGGGAGGACACGAACAGUCCAGCGGGUACUUAACAAACACACCCUUGUGUUUUUAUUCUGUUCAAAUCACCCCGUGAGAUUUUCUAAGUCCUCUCUUCUUCUCCGGUCCAGGUAUCCAGAUUAAAGAGGAGCCAGACUCUGAGGACUGGCAGCUGAGCGGAGACUCAACGCUGAACCCCAGCGACCUCAACAACCUGCGCGUUCAGAUGGGAGACGAGGACAUGGACACGCCGAGCGGAGAGGGCAAGAGGCUCCGCAGAGUGGCCUGCACGUGCCCGAACUGCAAAGAGUCUGGAGGAAGGUGGGCAUGUGGACAACACUCACACUUCUGGAUCCUGAAAGAGCCGCUGUUUAGAUCAAUUUUGUCCAGAGAAAAUCAAAAAUAUCUUUUUGGAGUUAUAAGAAAAACAAAACUUCAAAUAUCUUCCUUCUAAUAGUUUAGGAAAUAAUUUUAUUUAAGGUUGAUAUCUCGAUCAAAUUUUAAUGUUUAUGCAAAUCUGUAGUUACAUGCUAAAACCAUUCAUGCAAAUAUUUAUGAAAAUGUUUCGGACAAUCCUGUGAGAAAGUAUGCUUGUGUUUUUCGCUCAUUUCUGCCCCUUGUUUUGGUUUCUCUCAGGGGUUCCGGCAUGGGGAAAAAGAAGCAGCACAUCUGCCACAUCGCCGGCUGCGGGAAGGUUUACGGGAAAACGUCUCAUUUGCGAGCUCACCUGCGCUGGCACAGCGGGGAGAGACCCUUCGUCUGCAACUGGAUGUUCUGCGGGAAGAGGUUCACCAGGAGCGACGAGCUGCAGAGACACAGGAGGACACACACAGGUACUGUUGUUUCUCAGAUCACCUUUUCACACAGGAACAGAUCCAGAUUUGUUUGUUUUUUAUUUUGCUUUGUACUGUGAAUAUAUAAAAUACUUAAACUAAAGGUGUUAUAGUUGAUGUACGAGUCAACUCUUCGUCAAAAAAAAGUCGUUACAAGUUGUAUUACUGUCUGUGAUAGUAAAUGAUGAUUUCCCGUUGUUUGAUGGUGCUCUUUAAAAAGAAACUAUGAAUAAUGUUCAUCCAGAUCCAGCUGCUUUUCUAUAAAAGCAGCAGAUAGGAAAGUAGGAAGGUAACAUUGCCUCUAAGCCUGUCAAGCAAAAAAUAAAUAAAUAAAUAAAACAGAAGCAAAGGUCGCUGUAGCAAACAUCAUCUCUGCCCCAUUACGGACUGCAGCAGGGGGGACGCAGCUCAAGGAAGAACAUUUAUGAUCAUUUCUUAAUCAUUUCCUUGAAGUUAUAAUCAUCAUAUUAAUCAUUUUGCACUGCCGACACGGUAGUUCUAGAGUCUCGGUCUGAUUGCAUUUCCAUGAAGAAAUGAUCAUAAAUGUUCUUCCUUGAGCUGCGACACCCAGCUAUAGUCUUUGAUGGACUGGCCUGAGGUCUCGCUACAAACAAGCGGCUGCUGGAAGAGAGUAGGUGAGUUGUGUUUAGUCUCUUUGUUAAAGAAAUCAGGCAAAGCUAAAAAGAUGUUUGGUGGCUAGUACUAUGGCUGGGACCCUAUAUGUACUGUUGAUGAAGUUAGGUGCUGUUCUGAGCGUUAUUUGUGGUUAUAGAGUGGUGUUUUGGUUGAGGUUUGUUUAUGGCUCCUCAGACCACUGUGUAUUGCUAGCGUGCGGUCAUUACUAAAGUUGGUAUAACUAGAGAAGCAAGCAGCCGGCAACAUCUCUUGAGGAGGUGUCUAACUCGGUGUUACGGUGUGUUUGACCCUAAAUUAAUUUUACGGGGGAAUAUCCCUUUAAUACUAGUCCUUUUGCUUUGCUACAGAGUGGAGUGGAGUCUAAAAAAUAGGAGAGUUACCUAUUAUACUUGUUUUUAACUUUGACUGUGUCAGUUCAGGACACCUUUGGAGUAGCUUUGUAUAACAUUCAACUUCAAAAGACCUCCUUUAUUUAGUGGAAAUGCUGAUUAAGCAUUUCCACUUAUUGUUAUUCCUGUCGGCCAUUUUUCUUUAUUAUUAUUAUUCUUCCGCUGUAUUUUUUCCGCUUUCUCCUCCUUCAUACUUUGUGCUAUUUCAACCGUUUAACUUUCAAACUGUUCCUCUCCUUCAGGACAACUGCGGAUGUAUUUUUCACUUUUCUACCCUUUAUACUUUUUGAUAUUUUUUACUUUUUGUGCAAAUUUUUUUCCUAUUGAAAUGAAUGAGGAAAUGCAAUUUUCUAGUUAUAUACUGAUGUAUGCCAGCUGUGCUCAGCUACUGCCUGAAACACUUUGAAACACUGAUGACAUUAAGUUAAGACAUUACUUGGAUGUUACUUUUGACACAGUUUUGUUGUCAUGAAAGCAUGUGCGAGCUGUUCUCACAGUUCGUGGUUGGAAGCAGUGACUGGAACAUCUUUUUUUUGUCUGUCUCACAGGAGAGAAGAAGUUUGUGUGCACAGAGUGCUCCAAGAGGUUCAUGAGGAGCGACCACCUGGCCAAGCACAUAAAGACUCACCAGAAUAAAAAAGGCGGGGUCACUGCCACAUCCCCGCCCACCGCUGACGCCGUCAUCACCGCGGAUGGCACCACGCUCAUCCUCCAGACCGCCAGUCACGACCUCGUAGCCAAUCAGGAGAUCCCUUUACAACUAAUCACAGUGGCGCCUGGCGAGGUUAUGGAAUAAACGUGCGAACGAGGUGAUUCGGUUUUUACGAGAACUGGCCUAUCACAGGGACCUUUUGGGCUUUUCUCUUUCCCUCCUACCUUUUUUUUUGUUUGUUUUUUACAUAUGAAUAUAUACGUAAAUAUAUAUGACAAAUAUAUAUAUUUUAAGUAAGAGUUAUCAUGACUUUAUGUUUGUUUUUUGCAGUCUUUUUAUAGGCAGGCAAAAAAAAAACAUUAAAAUGUGGUCGCUAUGUACACGCGUCAACACUCACAUUCUCACAGACACACACACACACACACGUGACAUAUUAACACUUGACAUGAAUACUCAACACAAUGAAAUGCCUUAUUUUGUAUCAUACUCUUGUAUAAAAUGCUGGAGGUGCAUGUGUUUUUUUAAGCUUUGCAGAUGAUGUAACUGUAACAGAUAUUAAUGUGUUUGUGAAGCGGAGCAGAGGAGGCGUUUGUUGUGAAAGAGGAAGAAAGGCAGUAGUGAACCUCUCUGAUCGAAUUGUUGAGUUCUGACAGUACUGAGCAGUCACAGUGCGUUUGAAGCAGCACUGCAUCCUCGCAUAACUGUUGCGCAACCGCCGCCACAAAUGGUUUUAAUCCGAUCGGAGUCAUUCAGAAUUUUCUUGCACGUUUGCCUAAGUUCGCUGAGAUGACUGAUGUCUCGUUUUUCCGCUGCAGAUGUCAAACUAACUGGCUUAGCGUGGCACAAACGGCGGACACUGAGCAAACUGCUACUCUGACUCUGUCCAGGUGCGACACAUUUGUCUUUUAACGCCUCGAAAGCGCAUCCUUCAGUCUUGUGUGUCUUUGUUUAAAAUGAAAAACAACUAAUAUUUCCUGCUAGUAAUCCAGAGCUGUCUCUGCGAACUUCGGACAAAGCCAGGCUAGAUGUAUCCUGUUUCAAUUCUUUGUGCAAAGCCAAGCUAGCUUUCUGAAAGUCGAUUCUGCACAGACGUGAGUUUUCUCAUCAAACUCUGCAAAAUGAAAUAUCAAGCUUUCUUUCAGCGAGUCAAAUGCAGUGCUGCUUCAUGCAGGGUGGGGUUGUUAAGCCGGUGCUCAGAGUAGAAUGGCAGUGCCACUGUUAACUGAACUGAACUGAAGUUGGUGUUUUCCGUCAGUGAGGAGAGGGAAAAUUGAUGCAAGCCGUUUUUUUUUUUUUUUAAAAGGGCGACUUCUUCCAGCAUCUGGUCAGUCUGAACAGAAUGUCUCUUCUGUCCUCACAAGCCCACUGUCCACUGUUUGUCCACGUCAAAUCGUUUAACUUUUUCUUUCACAUAUUUUAAAAUGACUUUUUUUUUUUUGUCUGUUCACCAACCUGAGUGUCAUCGAAAUUACAGCCUCAUGAUGGAGACCGUAGAUGUGAGAGAAUCGAGGUUAACCUCUGAAUUACCUGCAGUCUGAACUGACAACCACACACACACACACGCGGGUGCAGGAGGAGAACAUGCACCGAUGCUUCCAUGUGAAGAAAAACCAAGAAAUGGAUGCAAGCGAAAACCCCCCGAGGUUGUAUCUGUCAUUGAACAUUCCAGUUGGACACCAGAUGAUGUGGGAUUAGUUUUGCAAUAACUGCUCUGUUUGGUUAUUCUUGCCUGAUGUCACCCACGUAUAAAAGGAAAAACAAUCUUGCCAUCGUUUUUUUUUUUUGUUUUGUUUUAUUUUUUCUAAUAAAUGUAACCUUUCUUCAGUUCGUCCUCAUGUUUGUAGCAUCCAUUUACAUGUAUAUUAUCUUAUUUUCACAUUGUUUAUAGAAGCCAUUUACUUAGUUAACUGAAUUUGUUGUAUCGAGACCUUAUUUUAAGUGAUUUUUUUAAAGAAAUGGUGUAAAAAUUGAAUGUUACCUUUUGUAAAAGCUUUUUUCAAAUGGAUCAUAAUAAAAGUCUGAAACAUUCUAGGAA